CUUUAUCGCGGUUGGUAACACAGUCUUGCACCUCCUCCAAAAAUUCAAGUUGACAUUAAAUAAGUAAAAAUUUGAAUCCGUGAAGUGCACAGUGUAUUGCUUUGCUAAAACGAUGGCGUCGACGAUGUUGGGCAGGAUAUUUGUGAUAAAAUCAAAUGGCUUUUCAAAAAAUAAAGUAUACACUAUCACAAAGAUAUUCUCUUGUGCCAGCUAUAGCACAGCCAGUCGUUCAAACAAAAUUUACGAAAGUGCUAAAGAAGCUGUCAGUGAUAUUCAGGAUGGAUCAAAGUUAUUGGUUGGUGGUUUCGGAUUGUGUGGAAUACCAGAAAACCUGAUUGUGGCUGUUAAAGAUAAACGUGUUUCUGGUCUUACUGUAGUCUCUAACAAUGCAGGAGUUGAAGACUUUGGUCUUGGUAUUUUGUUGAAAACCAAACAAGUAAAGCGGAUGAUUGCUUCAUAUGUUGGUGAGAAUGCAGAAUUUGAGAGACAGUUUUUGAGUGGAGAGUUGGAGGUUGAACUGACUCCACAAGGCACAUUGGCAGAAAGGAUCCGUGCGGGUGGUGCUGGUAUACCAGCUUUCUUCACUCCAACUGGUUUUGGCACUCUUAUACAUGAAGGUGGAUCUCCCAUUAAGUAUACUAAAGAUGGAAAGAUCGCUAUUCCAAGUGCGGCCAGACAUGAACAGCAGUUCAACGGAAAGAAUUAUAUAAUGGAGGAGGCUAUUACUGGUGAUUUUGCCCUUGUAAAAGCAUGGAAAGCUGAUAGGCAUGGCAACCUUAUUUUCAGAAAAAGUGCAAGAAACUUUAAUCCUGCCAUGUGCAGGGCUGCUAAGAUCACAAUUGCAGAGGUGGAGGAAAUUGUUGAUGAAAUUGACCCUGACUUUGUACAUGUACCAUCCAUAUUUGUACAUAGAGUAAUUAAAGGAGAAAAGUAUGAGAAACGGAUUGAAAGAAGGACAGUUCAAAAGCCAGCUCAAGCUGGCAAGAAGUCAGAUUCAAUGAGGGAGAGAAUCAUUAGGAGAGCUGCUUUGGAAUUUAAGGAUGGAAUGUAUGCUAACCUUGGAAUUGGUAUGCCUAUGUUGGCAAGUAAUUAUAUACCACAGAAUGUAAAGGUGUUCCUGCAGUCUGAAAAUGGUAUUCUGGGCCUCGGUCCUUUCCCAACUGAAGAGAAUGUGGAUGCUGAUCUUAUUAAUGCAGGCAAAGAAACUGUAACUGUACUGCCUGGUUCAUCAUUCUUUUCAUCUGAUGAGAGUUUUGGCAUGAUCCGUGGUGGCCAUAUUAAUUUGACUAUUCUUGGUGCUAUGCAAGUGUCUCGAUAUGGUGAUUUGGCGAACUGGAUGAUCCCUGGUAAAAUGGUGAAAGGCAUGGGAGGGGCGAUGGACUUGGUUUCAGCUCCAAGAACUAAAGUGGUUGUAACUAUGGAACACACUGCCAAAAAUGGAGCUCAUAAAAUACUGCCCGAGUGCACUCUUCCACUCACUGGUAAAAAUUGUGUUGAUAUGAUUAUCACGGAAAAGUGCGUGUUUGAAGUCGACAAAGAAAAAGGUCUUACACUGACUGAACUGGCCGAUGGAGUAACAGUAGAAGAUGUGUUGGUUAGCACUGGGUGCGAAAUAAACGUCGCUGAAAAAAUUAAGAAAAUGGGUGAUGUCACUCAGCCCGAUUCUGAAUAAGUUUUACAUACAAAAUAGGAUACCCAACGCAUUUAAGUGCCUUAAAACGUAUUUUAUAUACAAUAACUUUCAAUCUAUAUACAUAAAUAGUAAUUAUAUAUUCACAAAUGUCUUGCCAUUACAAAUAUUAUUUACAUA